UAAUGCAGAUGCACGGAAACACACCAAACGCAAACACUAACGUGAUGUGGCUCAAGUCUGGGCCGUUGAAUGUGUACAGUGAUAAGAAGAGAUACAUGAAUAAUCAAACGGGUGAGGAGUGUGUGGUAAGGUGCAUUUCAUACUUAGUGGGGAAGCGAUAUCUGGUUUUCACCAUAACUGAGACGUACAGAAGCGACAGUGUAAUCUUAGUAUACGUGGAGGUGAAGGUGGAAUACGGAAGGGGUUCUUCUGCCAUUCUGAGACUGUGGUUCACAGCAAACGACAGGUACGGUGUUCUGAGUAGCAUGCACACUAAUCUAUCUGGUUCCUUUGAAUUGGUUCGGCAGAACUAUCGUGUGCCACCUUUGCCAGACACGGAACUUGCGUGUUACUUUUGUCGUGAAACAGUCGGCAAAGACAACGGUAAUACGGUAAUGUGUGGAGAUGGUGAAAGGGUUACACGGCUUCAUGGUUGGCGACGAAAGUGUGGCUAACGACAGAAGGGUUGGGUUGCGUGUUGAGGUAGAAAAUCCCAUGAAGCUUACCAUGGAAUACACGAAUCGUGUGUUUUCCAAAAUGGGGCAUCGGAUGGAGAAUGAGAUGGAUAACAAUGUUGUCUCCCUUUAUAAAAACGCCAUGCCUCAACUUCAGAGUUCCUACCCUUAUCCUUACCCCCACAACCUCCACAAUUUAUAUGGUUAUUGUCAUAUAAUUUUAUAGUUCUUGUCUACUUAAAGUUUAGAGUUUUAUAUCAAUAAUGAUGCAUACAACUCUAAUUCUCUCAAAGUAGAUAUAUAUAACAGUAAAGACCAAAGAAAUUAAUAUA